AUGUGGUGUGAUGUCACUGUCAACAGCAUCAACAGUGCUACUGCUACCGCUAUUGCUAUUGCUAUUGGUGGUAGUGGUUGUGAUUGUGGCAGUGAAGAAUGUAUUGUACAGAUGGGUAUUAACGUCAAAGGCAUUAGUAAGAAGUAA